AUGUCUCUGGUUUUCACACGGCCCAACACCAACGCAAUCCAAAGCAAGAAGGAUAAAAGACAAAUGGCGGAGGUGAACGCGUCGCCACUCAAGCAUUUUGUCACAGCGAAGAAGAAGAUUAAUGGGAUCUUUGAACAGUUGGGCGCCUACAUUAAGGAAAGCACAUCAUUUCUGGAUGAUGCACACAAAAAUGAAGAGUUGGAUCCAGUCACGACAGAAGAACAGGUGCAGGAGGUUCGAAGUUACCUCAGCAAAGUAGCAGGGAUUGGAGAAGUGCUGGCACGGAGGCACAUGAAGGUGGUGUUUUUUGGGAGGACCAGCAAUGGCAAAAGCUCAGUCAUCAACGCCAUGCUGUGUGACAAGGUGCUGCCUUCUGGUAUUGGUCAUACCACAAACUGUUUCUUGAGGGUGGAAGGAACAGAUGGAAAUGAAGCCUUCAUUCUUACUGAAGGUUCUGAGGAGCGGAAGAGCAUUAAGACGGUGAACCAAUUAGCCCAUGCUCUCCACCAGGAUGAGGACCUAGAAGCAGGCAGCUUGGUCUGUGUCAUGUGGCCUAAAGCGAAAUGUGCUUUGCUCAGGGAUGAUCUGGUUUUGGUGGACAGCCCAGGUAUUGACGUGACCACAGAACUGGACAGCUGGAUCGACAAGUUCUGCUUGGAUGCGGACGUGUUUGUACUUGUGGCAAACUCUGAGUCGACGCUGAUGCAGACGGAGAAGUCGUUUUUUCACAAAGUCAACGAACGACUUUCCAGCCCCAACAUCUUCAUUCUCAAUAACCGUUGGGAUGCCUCAGCCUCAGAACCUGAGUACAUGGAUGAGGUACGCCGCCAACAUAUGGAUCGCUGUACUAAUUUUCUGGUGCAUGAACUAGGUGUUGUGGACCAAGCUCAGGCCAGUGAUCGCAUCUUCUUCGUCUCUGCGAAGGAGGUUCUUCAGGCACGUGUGCAGAAAGCUCAAGGAAUGCCUGAAACGGGUGGAGCACUUGCUGAGGGAUUUCAAGCUAGGAUGUUUGAGUUUCAGAACUUCGAGAGGCGAUUUGAGGAAUGCAUCUCUCAGUCAGCGGUGAAGACAAAGUUUGAACAGCACACAGUGCGGGCUAAGCAGAUUUCUGAAGCUUUGCGACACAUCAUGGAUGCCGUACACAUUGCUGCACAGGAACAGAGAGUUUACUGUCUUGAGACCAAAGAGGACCGUCAAGAUCGCCUGGAGUUUAUAGACAAGCAGUUAGACCUGCUGACGAUGGACUGCAAGGCCAGGAUAAAGAAAAUCACAGAAGAGGUUGAGAGACAGGUGUCUAAUUGUAUGGCAGAAGAAAUCAGGAAGCUCCACGUUCUAGUAGAUGAUUUUCACAUGGACUUCCAUCCCUCACAAGUGGUCCUCAAGGUGUACAAAAAAGAGCUCCAUCGGCAUAUAGAAGAGUGUCUUGGAAAGAAUAUGUCAGAAAGGUGCUCCACCACAAUCACCACUGCUCUUCAAAACACACAGGCAGAAAUGAUAGAGGGCCUGAAGCCUCUUCUGCCCAACUCUGCGAGAGAGCAGGUGGAUAAGCUGGUUCCUCGCCAGUGUUUCAGUCUUAGUUAUGACCUAGCUUGUGACAAGCUUUGCAGUGAUUUCCAGGAGGAUAUCAGCUUUCACUUCUCUUUGGGCUGGACGAUGCUGGUCAACCGCUUUCUGGGGCCCAAGAACACUCGACGGGCGCUCAUGGGUUACAGUGACCAGAUCCCUCGAACUUUGGCACUUACUCCGGUCAGUGCCAGCAUGCCUCCAUUCCCACAAAACUCCAUGACACAGGAGGAACUGAUGGUCUCCAUGGUGACUGGACUUGCUUCUGUGACCUCCCGUACUUCCAUGGGCGUCCUUGUAGUUGGCGGAGUGAUCUGGAAGGCUGUGGGUUGGCGUCUUAUCGCGCUGUCCGUGGGUCUCUAUGGGCUUCUUUUUGUGUACGAGCGCCUCACCUGGACGACAAAGGCCAAAGAGCGCGCCUUCAAGAAACAGUUUGUCGACUACGCCAGCGAGAAAUUGCAACUCAUUGUCAGUUACACUGGAUCUAACUGCAGUCAUCAAGUCCAACAGGAGUUGGCUGGGGUGUUUGCCCAACUCUGCCAGCAGGUUGACGUGACCCGGCAGAAUCUUGAAGAUGAGAUCACUGACAUGAAUGGCAAGAUUGAACUACUGGAUGCUAUGCAGAGCAAGGCUAAACUGCUACGGAACAAAGCGGGCUGGCUUGACAGCGAGCUCAACAUGUUCACCCAGCAGUACCUCCACCAAAGCAAGUGA